AUGAUAAAAGCACGUGCCCUUGGCAUCAGAGGGAAGAUGCACAACUUCAUAGCGGGUUUCCUUGAAUAGUGAAGCUACCAAUUCGAAGUUGGUCACGACGCCAGUGCCAUACGAACAAACCACGUUAGCGUCCCCCAGGGCUCGGUUAUUUCACCGACGCUGUUUAAUAUAGGUAUGCACCAGCUAGCUAAGUGCCUUGCCGACGUACCGGGCCUGAAACACGCGGUGUACGCUGAUGACGUCACCGUGUGGACGAAUCAAGGGUGCAUCGGGGAGCAGGAGGACGUCUUACAACGAGCUCGCGACAUUAUUCACGCCUAUGCCACGGAAACGGGUUUACACACUUCCCCAGACAAAACAGAGUUUGUCGUCAUUCAUGGUGGCAGGUCUACCUUUGGAAAGCAGGAAGAAAAGCAGUCUUUUAAACUGUACAUCGGUGACCAACCCAUCACACGGAAAUCUACUAUCCGAAUACUCGGUAUGCACCUAGACGAGAACUGCACAGCGAACACUUGGUUGCAAUGCGUUACGAAGACCAGCAAACAAAUCCUGCACGCUUUACGCAGAAUCUCUACCCGCACCCGUGGAGUAAACGGACGUGAAAUGCGCCAGUUCGCUCAAGCUUUUUUUUUGGGCGUAACCAGGCUGAUGAUGAUGAUGAUGAUCAUCAUGUACGGGCUGCCGUAUCAUCCAGUCAACCUCUCACAGAUGCACGCGCCCGACCGGUUACUUAACGAAGCCAAACGCAUUGUAACUGGACUCCCAAGGUACACAAGCCUCGAAGAGCUUAAAAGUUGUAGCAAACUCAACAACCUGUCCGAGCUCGUAGACAUGCACAUCUAUACACAAGAGACCAGAUUUCGCGCCACAAAAGCCGGGCGACACACACUCAUGCUCCUCGGUUAUGACGUCCACAAAAUGCCCAUUUUGCCCAACAACACGCCGCCGUGGGAAAUCACGGCUCUCACCGAUGGCAGGCCACUUGCUCUCAAUAUGGACCCUGCUCAGCGAAUGCGGCGCCGAGUUCGAACUGACCUUGUUCACCAUCAUGUGUACACAGAUUCCCAGGCUGCCCAUCGGGCAUGUGAUAAUGUUAUUUAUACAGAUCCCGUAUUGCAGAAGAUCCGGCACCAGGCACGCCAGCUUCGCGAAUGCGGUCACGAUGUCACCAUUCACUGGGUCCCUGCGCACUGCGGUAUCCCCGGAAACGAGAAGGCUCAUAGACUGGCGCCCACUCAUCUCUCUACCGCGCUAGCCAGAGCCUCCGAUAAUCCUUAUCCUCUCCUAGCUACCACACCUGAGGUAGCAGACCCAAUGGCAGACAAGCAUGCGACCAAACAACGACGUGCCGCCUACCUCGCAGCAGUGGGCAAUCCACUCUCUAUACCGUCACUUCCACCGAAGGUAUUCACACGGCGAGAGUCAGUCUUGCUUCGGAGAAUCCAGACAAGCGCCCUCCUUACUCCUCACUUGCUGAACCGUUUCCACAAGGGUGGCACACCACCACCCGUAAGUGGGUUCUGUUCCAUGUGCACAUGUCGUGCUGAUCUCAACCACCUUUGUUGGGAGUGCCCCCUCUACAUCCCACCAAGGCUUCGUGCUCUGGCCACCAUGCAGCGGGGACCCUGGCCUUCUUCUCUCCGCACUUGGGCUUGCCCGGAUACCACGUCUCCGGACCAUGCCAUCGAGCUCUGGCGAGCACUGCUGCUGUUCCUCCAGGACCCUGCAGCACCACCCGUCGGCGAU